UUCGUGACCUUGUCCAGUAGAAAGAAGGCUAUUUUUUUUUCACAACUGCUCAAGUUUUGACAUACAAGAUGAAGCACGAUGCCACAAGAAAUGCUGCUUACUCUGUGGAUUGUGAAGAUUAUGUGCAUGUGGUAGAAUUUAAUCCGUUUGACAGUGGAGAUUCAGGAAACCUAAUUGCAUAUGGUGGCAAUAAUUAUGUGGUCAUUGGCACGUGUACAUUUCAGGAGGAAGAAGCAGCUGUUGAAGGGAUUCAGUAUAAAGCACUACGAAAAUUUCACCAUGGAAUCAGAGUGGAUGGCAUAGCUUGGAGCCCAGAAACUAGACUUGAUAAGUUACCUCCAGUAGUCAAAUUUUGUACUUCGGCUGCUGACUUCAGAAUCAGAUUAUUUACUUCAGAUCUUCGAGAUAAGAAUGAAUACAAAGUUUUUGAAGGCCAUUCAGAUUUCAUUAAUGGUGUAGUGUUUGCUCCCAAAGAAGGUCAAGAAAUUGCAAGCGUGAGUGAUGAUCAUACCUGCAGGAUUUGGGACUUGGAAGGAGGUCAGACGGCUCAUUUUGUUCUUCGUUCUCCUGGGAUGAGUGUGUGCUGGCAUCCUGAAGAGACUUUCAAGCUGAUGGUCGCAGAGAAGAAUGGAACAAUCCGAUUUUAUGAUCUCGUCAGCCACCAGGCUAUUUUAUCUCUUGAAUCAGAGCAGAUACCACUAAUGUCAGCACACUGGUGCUUAAAGAACACUUUCAAAGUUGGAGCUGUUGCAGGCAAUGAUUGGUUAAUUUGGGAUAUUACUCAAUCCAGUUAUCCUCAGGAGAAGAGACCUGUCCACUUAGACCGAGCCUUCUUAUUCAGGUGGUGCUCAAUUAAUGAAAACUUAUUUGCAACAACUGGCUAUCCUGGCAAAAUGGCGAGUCAGCUUCAAAUUCAUCAUUUAGGACACCCUCAGCCGAUCCUCGUUGGCUCUGUAGCGGUUGGAUCUGGUCUGUCCUGGCAUAGAACUCUCCCACUGUGUGCCGUCGGAGGAGACCAUAAGCUGCUGUUUUGGGUGACUGAAAUAUAACAUAAAUUUUUUCUGUACUUUAGGUCCUUAAAAGUGUGUAUUUUUAGUACAGAUUUGGGGAAAUUUCUUAUUUUUAUAUUAAAUAUACUAUGAGCUUUAGAAAUAUCUGACUUGUUGCUUUUGUUAAAUAAAAUCUUAGUGGUU